UGGUUCUGCUGCUAGCUUUGCUAAGUCUUGUGAAAACUACCGUUGCAUGCAGUGUAGUUGCGACAAUACUUUGCAUUCACUCGCAUGCAUACGCACGGUUUUUAUUAGUGCAGAAAGCUAAAUUACUAAAGCCAAGCACAAAAUGAAGAUUUUAGCUUCGUUUAUGGCACUCUUUUUCAAUUAGAAACAGCAAAAAGUAGUAUGCAUAGACAUGGCUGACAUGGCAAUUGUUUGGAUCCAGUUAUCUUUGUUGUUCAUUCGGUAUCCUCGUAGUAAUAGGAUAUGCACACUAUUUGUGCUGCUUAGUGCGUGUCUUGUUCCAUCUCUAGCAUUUCCUGGUGGUCAAGUUGCUAAUAUACAUCUCGAGAAGUAUGAUAAACAAAAUACAAAGAGUCGAUCAACUCAGACGACAAAGUCGUUAGGUGAGGUUACUGAGGUAAUCGACUUUCAAUCCUUUCGAGGAUUUUAUACAAAAGUAGGCUCAAUAAAAGAAGCAGAAGGCAGAAUUCACUGGGUUACCAGUGAAUGCUUUCAGGAUGAUGAGGGAGGAUUUUCUCGUCUGCCUCGUGACUGGGUUGGCGUUUUUUAUUAUCAGAUGGAACAGUCCGAAGGCAACAAAACAGGAUCAGACUGUCCUCAUGUGUUAGAUAGGGUCAAAAAGGCUCUGAUGUUUGGGGCCUCUGCCAUCAUUAUUCUGACCCUCAAUCCACACAUCAUGAAGGAACUGGAUAUUUCUCAGCUGUUUGCCCAGCCUGUCUUGCUGAUGGAUGAUGCUGACAACAUUACAGCUCUCCUUACACUGGUUCUCAGAUGUCAGAGCAAAGUGCGUCUUAGGGCCAAGAUUGUACGUGGCUUGCUGCAUCAGCAAGUUAUGCAGCAUGUACCUACUCUCACUAUGUGGUCAGCCUGUGGCCGCAGUGCAGGCAAGAGUUACGAUGUUGUCUGCCUUGACAACCAGCAACUUGGCAAGAGAGGUGUAAAGGUGGAUCCAGGUGUAUUUUGGAACUGCUACUACCUGAUUGUGUUUCUUUUAAUGUUGUCCUUUGUGGUUAAGGCACGGAUGAGGAAUGGAGAGUGGGGGCCAGCUGACCAAGAACUUGAGGCUUCACUACGUCAGCUGGCGUGUCACACGUUGGCUCUGAUGCAGACAUGUAAAUACCACAGUGUAAUGGACCGAGGACAAGAUACCUGUGCUAUAUGCUUGGAUCAGUUUUACCCUAAACAGAAUUUGCGCAUUCUGCCAUGCCACCACCAGUAUCACACACGCUGUGUGGAUCCCUGGCUUGUGAGCAAUCGUACCUGUCCACUUUGCAAACUCAACAUCAUAGACCAACUGCAGGAAGAUAACAGUCGGCACAUUAAUUAAGCUGUAGUUGGACUGCUUUAGCCAUGUGUAUAAGCACAAGGGAAAUUUUGAAAUCAGCAGUGAUGUAAUUUGCUUCUUGUCAACAACAUGCGGGUACAGUUUUUUUUUAAGUCUAAACAUCAAGAUUUAUUAUUCAAUGUUCAGUCAAGAAAAUUUUAUAUUUAUUUUACAGUGCAUCCCAGUCUACAUGAUAUUUAUUUGUGUAAUAAACUUCAAAAAAAUGAGUCUCAUUUCCAUACUCAAAAAUAUAAUAAUAGUGCAUGUGAACAAUUGGCUGUUUCAGCAAGAAUACAUACACAUAGUCCAGAACAGAGUCAAAGUACUAGACAGAUUUUAAAUGGCAAGGUUGAUAAUAAAUGAUGGUAUCAAAUAAAACUUUUAACUUCAACCUAAUUAAAAUAGAUUAUAAAAUGUGAAUUAGAUGCGAUAACAGAUUCAUUGGACUUGGAAUUCAGCCAAAAGCCAACACCAGAUGGUGUGGUAUGCCAGCAUCAGUUUGUGCAUGUUUGAGUGUAUGCAAGUGCAACCAGAUAGAAGUCAAUGGUUUGUCUGUAUAUCACAGGGUUUUAAAAAAAAAUGUUUUAAAUCUGCAACACUUUUAGAAUAUGGAAAUGCAUCUCACAGAAGUUUAUAUUUGUUGUUUGACUGAAGCAACCUUUUCAUUUCCAGUAACAUAUGAAUGUCGAUUUUUGUGUGGCUUUUAAUUGUAAAUUGCAUACAUAAGGUAACCCUACAUUUCAUCCAACAGGCAAACACAUAUUCAGUUUAGGGGAGCUAGCAAAAUUGAAAUCUCUGACAUGCUUUUAAAUUCAUGCUCUACCUUUGGCUCCCCAUUCAGUUAUUUGACUGUGACUUGCAAGGGGAGCUGAAAAACAAAGUUGAAGAGACCAGUGGUUCUGGCUAGAGAUGCAGUUAACACAUGCAAUAAGAGUGACAAAAGAUAAAAUCAGAACAUUUAGGUGACUUUAUUGUUUAUACCGAAAAAAAAAAAAAAA